GCUGCCUCCGUCGCUGUUGCUGCUGUUGCUGUGCGUUUGAUUGACAGGCAACAUGUCGGUGUGGAGAGAGAGAGCCGGGGUGCAGCUGCGGACUGAAGAUACGGGGAGCACCUGCACACAAAGCAUAUACCAGCUCUGAAUAUAAUAUUAAAGCACAGAUUCGACUCUGCCCAAUGUGCAAUGCAAAACGAAAUAUCUAUCUAUCUAUCUAUCUAUAAAUAUACAUGAUAUUUAAUGUCAGCAUACAAAAAACCUGCAUGGAGGUAACUGGAGGAAGCGCUCUGUUCUGUUUUUUUCUCUCGCCUGAAUUUCUUUAUUAUUGUGCCAGGCUGAGUCCUCAGCAGCAUCAGCACCAACACUACCCGAACUGCUCCGAUGAAAGCAGUUGCUGUCUCUGACAAGCGAUUAAAAGGGACGAUUAUAAUGGAGUCGUUUUAAAAAAAAAAAUAGUAAAAAAAUAUAUAUUAUAUAUAGUAUAUCUUUUUUUCUAUCAUCUUAUCAUUUUUUUAUUUGUAUUUAUUUAAAACAAAUGGGGAUGUUUUUGUUUGUUUAUGUAUUUAUUUAUUUUUAUUAACGCAAUUUACAACAACAACAAAAAUAAAAAAUAAAGGACUACUGGCAAGCAAACUAUGGAUGAGGAAAAUAUGACAAAAAGCGAAGAGCAACAUUUGAGUCUGCAGAAAGCCCUGCAGCAGUGCGAACUGGUUCAAAAUAUGAUAGACAUUAGCAUCUCCAGUUUGGAGGGGUUAAGGACCAAAUGUGCCACAUCCAACGACUUGACACAAAAAGAGAUGCGAACGCUGGAGGGCAAGCUGGUGAAGUAUUUCAGCAGGCAGCUCUCCUGCAAGCGGAAGGUCUCCCUACAGGAGCGCAAUGCUGAGCUGGAGGGUUUCCCACACCUGACACACUGGUUCCGCAUUGUCAACAUGCGCAAGGAGGUCACGGAGGAGAUCGGUCCAGACGAGUUGACCCUGGAAGCCCUGCUGGAGAUGAGUGAUGAGCAGGUGUGUGAGACCGUGCAGAAGUACGGAGCCAGCAGUGAGGAGUGUGCUCGCCUCAACGCCUCCCUCUCCUGCCUGAGAAACGUCCAUAAAGCAGGAAGCAGCCAUUCCAAGCAGGACUGGGCCAUCCAGUGGCCAACGUCCGAAACUGGGAAGGAGAACAACCCCAUCAGCCAGCCUGAGCCCAGCCAGUGGAUCCGCUUCCACCUGUCCCAGAGCCCCAAGGUCCAGUCCAAGUACAACCAGCACUACUGCCAGAGCCCGCAGAGCCUGGGCCCAAACUACAUGCACGUGGACCGGCUCACGGUGGAGAGCUACCCUGGACUCUUCCCCCCCUUGGAAGGGCACCGCUCCUUACCUCCGUCCCCUCGGCAGCGGCACUUCGCCCACACCCCUCCCCGGACCCCCCCAGUGCUGGCCACCAUGACGCCCCCGGGCACCCCGCCGGUGAGGAGGAGGAACAAGUCGAAAGCGCCGGGAACGCCCCCUCCCGCCUCCCGCAAGCUGAUCCACCUCCUGCCGGGCUUCACCGCACUGCACCGGAGCAAAUCCCACGAGUUCCAGCUGGGGAACAGAGUGGACGAGGCGCAGACACCCAAAGCUAAGAAGAAGAACAAACCCCUGAAUCUCAAGAUCCACAACAGCGUGGGGAGCUGUGAGAACAUCCCCUCCCAGCGCUCCCCUCUCCUCUCCCAGCGCUCCCCUCUCCUCUCCGAGCGCUCCCUGCGGUCCUUCUUCGUCGGGUAUCCGUCUUUCCUGCCCUCGACUCCGCCUGUUCACAGCGAUGCCACUUUCUCUGCAAACACACUGUCAGUGCCUCGAUGGUCUCCUCAGAUUCCCCGUAGAGAUCUGGGGAAUUCAAUAAAACACAGGUUUUCCACCAAGUACUGGAUGUCACAGACAUGCAUAGUAUGUGGGAAAGGAAUGCUGUUUGGACUGAAAUGUAAAAACUGCAAGUUGAAGUGCCACAACAAAUGCACCAAAGAAGCUCCACCGUGUCAUUUACUUCUUAUUCAGCGUGGAGGAGUCCAGCAGGAGGGCAGCCACUUAUACACAGCACGUCUCGUUCGAACUGAAUCUGUCCCCUGUGACAUAAACAACCCCCUGAGGAGACCCCCCAGGUAUUCAGACCUGCACGUCAGCCAAACGCUCCCCAAAACCAAUAAAAUUAACAAGGAUCACAUUCCUGUUCCCUAUCAGCCCGACUCCAGCAGCAACCCCUCGUCAACCACCUCCUCCACGCCGUCAUCACCAGCACCCCCCCUGCCUCCCAGCGCCACGCCCCCCUCCCCCCUCCACCCCUCCCCACAAUGCACCAGGCAGCAGAAGCAGUUCAGCCUCACAGCUUCUCAUUAUUACAAGUACAAGCAGCAGUUCAUUUUUCCAGAUGUUACACCAGAGGUACCAAGUCGGGCUCCACAAGUCAUUCUUCAUCCAGUCAAUUCUGACUCAGCCAAUGAAGGGAAUCCUCUGCUUCAAAUUGAAGUUGAACCUACAUCAGAUAAUGAAGACGGUAACGAUGAGGCUGAGAACUCUGAAGAUGAGUUUGAGGAGAUGAACCUCUCUCUCCUCUCUGCCCGGAAUUUCCCCCGGAAAGCCAGUCAAACCAGCAUCUUCCUGCAGGAGUGGGACAUUCCCUUCGAGCAGCUGGAGAUCGGGGAGCUCAUCGGGAAGGGCCGCUUUGGCCAGGUUUUCCACGGCCGCUGGCACGGCGAGAUUGCCAUCCGGCUAAUUGACAUUGAGCGGGACAAUGAGGACCAGCUGAAAGCCUUCAAGAGGGAAGUCAUGGCUUACCGCAACACCAGACACGAGAAUGUUGUGCUUUUCAUGGGCGCCUGCAUGAGCCCCCCGCACUUAGCCAUUAUUACAAGUUUGUGUAAAGGAAGGACCUUGUACUCGGUCGUGAGAGAUGCCAAAAUCAUCCUGGACGUCAACAAAACCAGACAGAUCGCGCAAGAGAUUGUAAAGGGGAUGGGCUAUCUCCACGCCAAAGGAAUUCUUCACAAAGAUAUGAAGUCUAAGAAUGUAUUCUACGACAACGGCAAAGUGGUCAUAACCGAUUUCGGUCUCUUCACCAUAUCCGGUGUCUUACAGGCGGGCAGCAGGAGAGAGGACAAGCUGAGGAUCCCAAGCGGCUGGCUGUGUCACCUGGCUCCUGAGGUCAUCCGACAGCUUUCCCCCGACACAGAGGAAGACAAGCUCCCUUUCUCAAAGCAGUCCGAUGUGUUUGCAUUUGGAACUAUUUGGUACGAGUUACAUGCGCGCGAGUGGCCUUUCAAGAAUCAACCAGCAGAGGCGAUCAUAUGGCAAGUGGGAAGCGGAAUGAAACCUAACCUCAGCCAGAUCGGCAUGGGGAAAGAGAUAUCUGACAUCCUGAUUUUCUGCUGGGCAUUUGAGCAGGAGGAGAGACUGAGCUUCUCCAAACUAAUGGAGAUGCUUGAAAAACUGCCAAAGCGCAACCGUCGCCUAUCCCACCCUGGACACUUCUGGAAGUCAGCUGAGCUGUGAUGGAUGGAGUGAUGGGACUGUGCCUUUCUUGCGUGAUGCCCCUCCCCCUGUGCUUUACUCCCUCCCCAUCUGCCGUGGAACUCCGGAGGCCAAGAACCAGAGGGGGCCGCGGACCGAAUCCAAAACAGGGAAGCCUCCCCACCCCCCACCCUGCACCCCUAAACCUUCCCGAAAAGCCCCUGGUUUCUGACGCUGUAUUUCAGUUCUUUUGACCUCCCGUCUCGUGCCAGUUGUGUUCAUUUGUAUUUAAUUUCACAUGUGUCUUUUUUUAUACAUAUCAUGUUACAUUUUCGAAUAUAAAACAUGUAUUUAUUGAUGUAUUUUAUUUGACUCCUUCCUCCCCUAUCCUUGUUUGCUCUGCAUGCCUGUGUGCCUCAAUGGGCAUGACCAUUGCACUGCUAUUCAGAACUCUGUGCAUAUCUUGAAUGCCUUCACUGUGAAAUCGAUGGAUAUUACUGUUUCCGAAUGACAUUAACACGCAGUAAUAUGUAAAAGAAAUGUUUUCUCCCAUUUCAGGGACUCGUUUUAUUUCAUUUCUUUCUUUCCUUUUCCUCAUGUUCUGUGGUAUUCACACGUCUGUGACUGCUGGAGUUUCUUUAUUCGUUUGUUUGUUCUGUCUAAAAGGUGUCUUUAUAAUCGUACGAUUUGAUUUGCAAAUCAGAUUAGUGAUGUGGUCAAAUUUUAUACUUGUACGGUUCUUGUAGAUUUUACACAGAUUUUACAGUAACUAAUUGGCAAGUUUGAUUUUCUUUUCCUUCAUAUUUCUGCAUGAUAACAAACACAGAGUGGGCUUUAUCAUAUGCUGUCUAACAUUGUGGUAAAACAGUAAAGUUAAAAAAAAAUAAUAAUAAAAUCCUCACACUGGUCUUCUUGAAGCUAAUGCUCCCAGAUCAUGAACUCCAUUUCCACUGUGAUGUCAAAUAACGUAACACUGUGGUCUGAGUUAAAUGAAAGUGUAGGGUGCCGCAUAGCUAUGCCUUACAAUGGAGAUGAUGGCACCAUCAUAUUGGUUUAAUCUAGACCUCCCCCUACCCCUCACUAAAUACGAAUGUCUACAGUUAUCAUUCAGUGUCAACUGCCUGCCUUUAAUUCGUUUUUUUUUACCUGUAUCACUUCUUUCUGAUUGAUGAUCGGUUCAUUAGUAAUCAAUCCCCCAUUCUAAUUCCAAUUCCUUCACAGGAAUUGGAAUUGAUAUUUUAGAGAUUUCGUAAUUGUUGUGAUUGUUCAGCCGCUUUCAUUUGAAACCAAUUUAAUGGAAUUAACAGUGACUUCAAUGUAAAGUAAUGUGUUGCCACUGUGAGAAGCUCAUUUUAACGGAAUGCUGCCCGUUGCAAUUGUGAUCAGUGUUGGAACUGAUUAAAAGGGAACGGGAAUGGGGCGUUAGGAAUUGAAAGACAGGAAUGGACCCCCAGGCCUGGUUGGGAUGCCCAGGAGGAUGCUCCUCUCCUCCGCUAGUACCUACGGGUAGUGCCAGUAUUGCCACCUCGUGGUCACUGGGCUUGCACUGCAGGGCGUCGCGCGAGUCGAAGAGUUGGCAUCGCUUGCUAGAUGUCUUCUUUACCUGCAGAUCAUUCUGAUGGUUACCUUUUAAACUGCAGUCCUUAAGUGGGAAUACCUCUGUGAGUUUACGAGUGAAACAACACGGUUAUUAUAACCCUUCAGCUCCAGUGCCGUCACUAGCAUCUGACUGCAAACAGGUCGCCGACUUAUUUAAGUGAGGUUGUCUCCUAUGCUGAAAUAACACUGUACAAAAAACAAGCUUACCACGUGCAGAAAAGGUGCGCGCUUCACGUUGGCUUGCAGUGCAGACAUGAGGAAAACACUCUUGAAAAAUAACAGCCAAUAAAAAAGAGGCACACAAAUGAAGGUUUAAAAGAGUUCACAUGUUUACUAGCUUUUUUUGGGGGGGAAAUAUUGGAAUAUUUUACUAGAGAAAAACAAGGCUGUGAAGACAAUAGUUUUGCACAUUUACUGUAUUUUUAUUCAACUCAUUUCACAGCAUUAGAACUCAGAUACUAUAUUAACACCGUGUCAUGUUCGUCAUGCUGCGUUUCACUCGGCGUUCCCAUGACAACCUGUGAAGCCCUAGAGAUUACAAAAAAAACAAAAAAUGACAAAGUGAUGGAAAAGGCCAUUUGUUUUUCUUCUUUAUGACAGAUUAUUAAGACUGAGAGUCUUCUCACAGUUGGAAUUGUCUUUAACCCAAUUAAGAAAGGGCACAUUUGAAUUUGAUCAGACAUCUGUUAAGUCGACACAGCUUUUUUUAAAAAUAUGUAUUUAUUACGAAGGCAGCUAAACAUUGAUGCGUCGAAAUGCUGUGAGUGGUGCCUUUACAUAUGUUGCUAUGCACAGAAAAUAGCAGUGGGGGGAGAUCAGUUAUCUUUAAUGGGGCAGCUUGCUGUUUAAAAUGCAGGACUUCUUCAAGCAUUGUGUAGGAUUUCUUGCCAUCCACUUUGGGUACCCAUUGAGCUUCAUUUAACUCUUCCUAAUGUUUAGUUCCCAUUUUAGUAGUUUUGUACAGUAAGAGUUAACGCCUCAAAUUUGAUUUCUCCAGUGCCAGCAUGUUAAUUCAUACAAGCAAUGCAUCCUCUUCAGCCGUUACUGUAUGUACAGAGGUCUUGCCAGUGUGUUUAUCAUAAGCUGCCUGAGUUUUUGUCCCCCCCCUGAUAACUAGAGAAAGCGUGGGUUGUGAACCGAAGCUUGUUAGCCCUGUUCUAUCCUUCUGUGCCCCCAAUCUUCUCAUGCAGUAUGUAAUCAGAUAAUUCAGUUUCUGCAUCCUGUAGACAAGGUGAAUAGUAAAAUGGAUAAAGAGUUGUGUCCUGAAUGCAUUUCAGAGCAGAUAGGUUCGUCCAAUGGCUUGUGGUUACCUGGUCUUCAGCUGUCAUGCCGAACGGUAUGUCAAAUGCUUAUUUGCUUAAGGUUACAAAUGCAAAAUGAUACACAUUGCUUUAUUAUAUACAAUUCAAGGUAAUGCGUACACUAUAAAUAGUCCUUCAUAAUGGAUAUACAUUUUGGUUUUCAGUACUGUAACUCAGGACAAUCCUCACAACUUGCAAGAAUCAGAAAAGAAUGUAUUCAAUGUAUUUUGCACAUUGCAAAACUUAGAAGAGGGGCUAUUAUCAGCAAGCCCAGAGGAGAGUGAGACUGAGGGGUGAAGUUGACAUGGGGAGGCUUUGAGCUGUCAAUGGAAUCAACGAGAAGGAAAACGUAAGAUAUGUAUAAUUAUGGGCACAUAGGUUAAGGCAUAGUCUAAAAUAGGAUUGGAACAGUAUAGAAAUAACAAGAAACUCCUUCAAAAAACAACUUGCUGCUCUGUCCUGCAACUGCGUUUUUUCUUGAUACUUAUUGAAUCCAUCUCAUAAUAUGAAUCCUUCCGUAGUGUUCCAUCAGACUGUAUGGGGCUGGGGGAUUACUAUUCACAAGGUUAUAACAUGUGUAAACACCAGCAUGUGUGCUGUUGCAAAUGUGAUACUCAUUGUUAAACAAUGUCAAUAAAACCUUGGCUUUUACCAGCCAAGUCUGUAAUUAUAUCAUAUAAAGUAAUUGCAACAACAUUGUAAUUACAGCGUAGUUACUGGUUUUUAUUAUUUGUACCUACACUACAUUGAAAUGGUGGGUGGGAUGGCUGCACCAUGCAGAGUGUGGCUUCAUUAUGAAUGGGUGGAAACUGCUGCUAGUUCAUAGAAGGGUCCAGUGGAACAUCAGGGCUCUGUUUUAGCAAUGCAGAGCUUCACUGAAAAACAUCAUGACUAUUCAUUCUUAUCAUAAGAACACUACUCAUCCACUCAACGUGCUCUAGAGGUAGAGACACUCAUUUCAUAUUCACAAGCAUAAGUACUGUAGGCAUUGGAAACAAGAAUGGCACACAAAAAGGCAGCUGUUAACACAUAGAGAGAGAGAGAGAGAGAGAGAGAUACACACACAUAUACAUGUAUUCAUACAUACACACAUAUACACACACUGUAUAUACAAGUCUUAAUUCAUAUUCCUGUGAAGGGAGGAUUCAAACCAGACUUCAUUACUCCCUCAUUAUAGACCUGUCGUUCUUCUACAUGUAAUAGCUGUAACGUUGACGCUACAGGAAGACAAACAAACACAAGAUUACUGUUACGUAUUAGGAUGAUUUUUCUUGGUCCCCUUGAUGUAUUGUAUAAGAGAGAGUGGAACGGAGAUGCAAAUGCAUGAUUGCCUCGUAUGAGGAUGCAGUUUUUUGCCCCCAUAUAAAACAAUGGAAAAAAAUUUAAAAAAACAUUUCAAAGAAAAAUAUAUGUAUAUGUGUCCACUUUUUUUCAUCUAUUUUCAAUAUUUCAAGCAUGAAAGGGUUCAUUUGAAAUUCGAAACCUUUGUGUUUGAGAAGGUUUUUUUUUUUUAUUUUUUGUUCCACAUAUAAAAAUGAUGUUGUAUCUGUAAAGGGAAACCUGGGAGAACGCUGAUGUUUUUAGUUACAUAUUCAUAAUGAAUAUAGGGAUUAAAGGCAUGAUGCCUUUUGAAUAUUUUUCUAAAUAGCGGUGGUUGCAUCAUAUUCAUGCACACAUAUCUUCAACUGGACUUAUUUAAUUAAAUGACUUCGGAAAUCACAUUAGACCGAUUUGUUACAAAUGUAUUAUUAUGGACUUCAUAAAUUUAAUAUGUUGACUGAAAAUCAUAUUUUUAUACAUAAAAUAUUUGAAACUGGAGACGGUGAGCUGUUCAGAUGAUGUGUGUGGGUUUUAUUUUGAACUUUACUGAAGGUUAUCAUGUAACUACAUUCAUUUCUGCAGUAUGAUUGUAAUUACAGCAGACUCUGUGUCUGUUACCCCCUGCUGAAAUGCUCUCUUGGCUUCAAUUCGCUUGCAAGUCACUGUUUUAAGUCACACGUGUCAGUAACUAGCAUGUUUUUUUGUGAAUAGUGACUUUGAAAGCUUUGUCAAAUGCAAAAGCCUACAUCUGUAAACUAAGAAAAAGUAUGUUUUAGCCUGUAUAGUGCAACCAGCUUGAUGGGCCAUUGUGAAUUUUCAGUGUUAAUUUUGACGACUGUUGCAGAAUGAGCUAGGAUUAUUAUCAUCUUCAUCAUCAUAGCAUCCUCCUCCUCCUCAUUAUCAAUAUUCUUACAAUUAUUAUUAUUAUUAUUAUUAUUAUUAUUAUUAUUAUUAUUAUUAUUAUUAUUAUUAUUAUUAUUAUUUGCUGUAAAUGUGUUUGAAAGAACAAUCGUUUCUGGUGCAAAGAUGUGAUGGGUCUCCUCUGUAAAUUUGUACAGUAACGUUUAUAAAGUUUUCUACACUUUACGAAAGUAUUUAUAAUUUCAGCUGUUCUACUGAAUGUCAGCUCUUUAAAACUGCAGAUACUGUUUGUUACCAUUUUGUGUUUUUGUGCUGCGUUUGGUGGGGUAAUGAUGUCUAAAUUAUUUAUGCCAAUAAAGGAUUUGAGAACUGUUGCA